GGUCGUAUCGGAGCCAACACCAAUGUGAGCAAGUAGAUACGCACGCAGCAGCAUGGCAGAAGCGGGGAGAGACACCAUUCCAAACGUCUCCUUCAGGAACAUAUUGGAGCUUAUCGCCGAGGUACAGCUGUGCCGCGAACAAGCGCGGCUGCUGGUCGCGGGUCGUUUGCUCGCCGCGGUAGACCGAUACCUGGCCUCCGGCCAGCACGCAGGGAGGCAAGAGGUGAAGGAAGCUCAUGCUCUCCUGGGAGGGGAGCUCAAGCCUCUGUUCGAUGAAGUCAGGCAACGGGCUGCGGAGUGCCAAUCUUCUUUGGACGAUUGGCAAUCGCCAGACUGGCUGGUGGCCCAGACAUUUAUGGGCAUCACAACGUUCUACAAGGUCGACCCGGAUGGGUCGCUGUGGAUCAAAAUGCACGGCACGAUGGACGACGUGACGAUCAUGGACCAGCUUGCGGUUGUCCGGGAGGUGGACCUUUUCAACAAAUGGGUCCCCUUCUGCGACACCUCGAAGCUCCUCAAGCGCCUUGGCAUUGUGGAGCUGCUCGUGUACUUCUCUAUGUCGAUUCCAGGAGUCGGCAGGGACUGUGUGCUUCACGCCUACGGCUGCGACUCGGUUCUGGAAACCGGCUGCGUCCUCAUUCAGGGGCGAUCUGUCGAGGAGGUGCCAGAGGGGGUGGAGGUCCCACAAGUAAAGGGUUGGAGACACGCUCGGAUGGACGUGCGGGCGUUCAGGGCAAAGGUUGAAGUGCUGUCGCCAACUUCGGCAAGAACAUCAAUCGUGGCCAACGUCGACCCCAAAGCGCCUGUUCCGAAGUCUGUGGUGAACUUCGUGGUGCGCAAGAUGGCCGGGAUGUUUUUGUACUGCCUGAAGCAAACCGCGAAAUGCAUUCGCACGGACGAGGGUAACUGUCACCGACGGAGGAUCGUGGAGGACAAGGGAUUCUACAAGGAGUGGCUCUUCCCUCGUUUCGAACGGUUUUACCGCCGACAAGGUUGGACAGUUGACGAGGAGCUUGGAGGCGGGGAGCCCGCCUCCAAACUCAGCGACGAGCCCACCGGCGGUGGGGCCUGGUGCCCCAAUGGCAAGACCAUGUCGUUAUCCCAUGGAACCUGCACGCCUUUUAGGCGGAAGGCAGGGUCGCAGCUGAAGAACAGUCUCAAGCGCCUCAAGACGACACGGCGAUCAAAGCCAACCGUUACCGCUGAAGCGCCGCCGCCACAGGUUGAGAAGCUGAGCAUCGAUGCAAGACUGUUGGAAAAGUGGCAAGCAAAGAGAGACAGCAGGCGCAACCAAACCGCGGGGGCAAGACUCCUUGGGUCGAUUUUGUUUGCCGUGUGUGCGGCAUGGGUUCGUUGGGCUCUCACAUCAGAAGAGAGAGCGGCUGCACGUGUCAGAGACAUCUCUUGGUUCGUUUGUGUCGCUACCGUCCUCCUCGCGACCGGCCUCUGCCUCGUCCUUUGAACUUUGAACAGGAUGGUGGAUGUUCAGCACGCUGUGUGUGCACGGGUACCGUGGCGUGCGCGGCACGAAGAAGGUCUGUCCGCCUCGCAAUAACUUAAGUGACGAUGUGGUGCAUCGUGCGUCUUUGGAAACUUUAUCCGCAGAGAGUUGUCAAAAAAAUGUACAUACAGAUAGACCGUUUACUGUUAGUGGGAAGUCAUGAUGAGGUUUGUUUGUUGCGCUACCUAAACAAGAAUAUAUCUUUGUUCCGGAUCCUUGCGAUGAUAUGUUUUUUGUCCAUUUUCUCGUGUACUUGCGGGACCGAUGCACAUACCCGGUACCGUCUGGCCCAACGGUACGCGACAUGCAGGUGUCUCCUUGGCCAUUGCGGAACGUGAGUGUCGAAGUGUCAUUGGCAAGAGCAGAGUCUCGGUUUUUGGUGACUCUGUUGCGGGACUUCUUCUGUAGUCGCUCGUGUUGUCGAUGGCGUAGCUUCCUUUAGGCGGACGAAUUUGCACAAGGAUAGGCGUCAAUCCGCAACUGAUGAAGGGCUUGGCAAGUGUCUGUCGUGUACCAGACGAACACGUGGCCUGACUUGGCGUGCUCUUCGACGGAAAAUACUUGUUAGAUUUUAGACGUCCUCAAGAGGAACCCGCGUGCUCAUCGACGACCUGGAGACUUGGUGCCGGGCUGUGGUUUGAUUUACCUUCUAUUGCGUGCCUUGCCAGUCAAUGUCUUCUAGCGAAGUGUCUUCAAUCGCGCAAUACCCGCGCUAGCCGGUUGGUCACUGAGGGCGUCGUUUGUUAUGAAGAGAGAAAUGAGAUAUCGAAUAUAUGUUCUAUUAGUCAUGAGUUUUACAACAGGCGGAGGAGGCAUUAAACGGACUUUCGAAGGGAAACUCGAC